AUGGAAUUUAUAUUUCUACUUUUAUUAUCGGGUGCUUGUGGGCAUAUUAAGAAUCCGGUGGAGAUAAGGCUAUUCCUCAAGCCGGAUCUAGAACUAAAGGUUGGCAGAAUUCCCUUGAUCAACACAAGCAUCGAGGAAAAAGAGGGAAAAUAUGCAAUAACAAUAGGAAACUUGUAUAUAUCUGGAAAUGAUUCAGUAAGCAUUGGCGACGAUGAGUUUUACUGGAAUGUGUACGACAGGCAAUUAGGCACAAUCAUAUGCUCGGAGGACCAAUGUCUAACUUACACAGAAGAAGGCUUGGAGAUGUCUCCAUGCUUCGAUCCAUCCGACUUCAGGAGUGCAUCCCAGCUGUUUCAGAUAGACAGUACUACUCGGGUGUCCAAAAACUCAAAUGGAAUCCGCAGGAAAAUGGAUCUUGUUGGGAAAGUGGAAGGACUCGUAGACCCCGUUAGCACCCGGAUAGCAGAGAUGGUUGACGAUAUGGAUUCGUUCUGCACAGACUCCGAAGAGGAGGAAAGGAGCUAG